UUACUACUGGUUGGAAGCUCAUUCCACGCUUCUGGUCCGAAUCCCUGGGAGGGGCUGAACCACGUUCCCUCUGAAGGAAAGCUGAAACUCUCCGCUGGUCACCAGAGGCCGUUGUCACCUCCCUGCCCACACCCCACUACCCUCGCCUCCUAAGGCGCUCCCAGGGCGAAUCACGGAGUUCCUUUACCAGAAGUGGCAAUGUGUGUCAGCGGGAUCAUGGCGACUCUUUCGGACUUGCCGGACUUAGUCCUGUUGGAGAUCUUUUCUUACCUCCCCGUCCGGGACCGGAUUCGCCUCUCCAGGGUCUGUCGCCAUUGGAAGAGGCUGGUGAACGACGGGUGGCUGUGGCGACACAUUGACCUGUCCGUCUACCAGGUGCGGCCUAAAGUCAUAUGGCACCUCCUUCACCGGUACAUGACAUCUCGCCUCCAUUCUUUGCGCCUGGGUGGCUACCUGCUCUCAGGCUCCCAGGCUUCGCAGUUGUCCCCAGCCCUGAUGAACGCUCUGGGCCAGAAGUGCCCCAACCUGAAGCAUCUCUGCCUGCAUGUGGCCAACCUGAGCAUGGUGCCAGUCACCAGUCUGCCUUGUACCCUGAGGACCCUGGAGCUGCACAGUUGUGAGAUUUCCAUGGACUGGCUCCUUGAGGGGCAGAACCCCACCGUGCUGCCCCUACUUGAGUGCCUGGUGUUGUCUCGAGUUCCUGCCUUUCGGGAUGAGCACCUGCAGGGCCUGACGCGCUUUCGCGCCCUGCGCUCACUGGUGCUGGGCGGCACCUACCGGGUGACUGAGAUGGGAUUGGAUGCAAGCCUGCAGGAACUGAGCUACCUGCAAAGGUUGGAGGUGCUGGGUUGCACCCCUUCGGCUGAUAGCACCCUCCUGGCCAUUAGCCGCCACCUCCGAGAUGUUCGGAAGAUCCGGGUGACCAUCAGAGGCCUCUCUGCCCCUGGUCUGUCAGUCCUGGAGGGAAUGCCAGCCCUGGAGAGUCUGUGCCUGCAGGGCCUGCACAUCACCCCGGAAACGCCUUCCCCAGCUGAAAUAAUCUCCUCCUGCCUCACCAUGCCCAAGCUUAGGGUCCUUGAGCUGCAGGGGCUGGAGUGGGAGGGUCAGGAGGCAGUGAGGAUCCUGUGUAAGGGCCUGCCCCACUGUCUGGUCAUUGUCAGGGCCUGCCCCAAAGAGUCUAUGGACUGGUGGAUGUGACUCACCACCUGUCCCUGAGGUGUAUCAGUUUUUAUCAAUGAGACCCAAGCCCUCUAGGCAGUACCUUGCUGCUGAUAGGUAAUUAGAUUAAAGGGGCCUGAAGGCCAAAGGUAGAGAGAGGCCAAUGAUCUUGGCACCGCCAGAUCAUUGGAAUUGUUUGCCACCUGUGUAGCUUCUGUGACAUCAGCUGGCCUGGCCUCCACAUCUGGAAAUGGGGAAGACUAUAGCUACCUCACAGUUAUGUUGCAAAGCCUUACACUUUCCUGGGCCCGAGAAGGUCCUCAGUGAAGGGUCAUUGUCAGACAGCCCUCAGGAACAGGAGGGAUGCAGAAGGGUGUGGUUAGGAGUUAGGGGGACCGGAAGGGCUAGGGCCCCUUAGGAAGCUUGGAAGGACUGUGUACACACCCACACACCUCCACACUGAUUAUACCUACAUGCAUGGAUUAAAGUGUUAAUGAAUUUUAUUUCAUUUUUUUGUAUUUUAUAUUUCCUGAGUUUUCCACAAUAUAUAUUACUUUACUAUUAAAGAAAAAUACUUAUUUUGUUUAGAAAAAGAAAGCAUUCAGUUUAUUCAACACACAUUUCUAAAGCCCCUGCAAUUUUGCAGGCACUGUCCUAGGUGCUGGGUCACAGCAGUGACCAAACAGACAAGACCUGAGAAGACAGGGUGAUAAACACAUGAGCACAUCCAGGGAACAGUUUCAGAAAUGGAGACAAUAAGCCAGGGUCAUGUGUUGGAGACGCAUGGUUGGUAGCGUGGGCCUCUGAGCUGUGUUGAGUAACCAGCCCUGGGGAGUGCUGGGGCAGAUAGAAAAGGCAAAGUUGUUGGUGGAAAUGAACUUGGCAUUUCCAGGAACUGGACAAAGGUCCCUGUGGUUGAAGGAAUGAGAAUUGAGCAAUAGGAGUGAAGUCAGAGAUGAGGGGGUGAGGUUGGACAGGGCCUCACAGGUGGCUCAGGUUUUAGGGGCUCCUCUUCCUGCGUUUUGAGUCUGAACCACUUGAAACAUGCAGGUGGCAGACUGAUAGUGAUCAUGGGCGCCACCUGGUGAGAUGAGCGUUACUUCUGAGCUGAGCUAGGUAGGAGGGCUGUAUGGUCUUACCACCUGCCCCCUCAGCCAGCCUGCUCUGUGGUGGGCAGAGCCAGGAGAGAGACGGGAGCUGAGCUGGGUAUCCUUGUGUGUUGUCACCUUUCAAGGCCAGGCAGGUUCAUGGUAUUCGUGCAGAUGGAAGAAGAUUCUCGGGGCCUUUGAGAUGUCUGGCGUGCCUUUAUUCACUGGCGGGCGAGCCACGCACACUGCAAGCUGCAUGUCUAUAUGCAUGUCUCAUGUCAUGGCCUCUGCUCCCCAGUGUGGCCCCCAUCGUGGCACCUGUCCCCUGGUGUGUGUCUCUCA